AUGGAAGUAUGCAGGACCACUGAGUGUUAUGAGCUUAUACUAUAUACUCCCGAACAGCGCGAUCGGCGGAGUGGAUCCAUUGUGCUGAGCGAUCCCGCGCCUGAGGAAUGCCUCGGAUUCAUCGGCAGCGAGACGUAUGGCUGGGAAGGCAAAAUCGAAGAAUUGAUGGGACCGAUAUAUGCAUUAGCGCAAAGCUUACAAGAUCUUGACGACAAGGAGCACGCCCUUUUCAAUGAGGUGGAGAGCUUAUACCAGGAGGCUCUUAAACAGCAGAAGGCUGGCACUGAGAUGCUCAACAGCCACCUGGAGGCUAUCGACGAGUGGAUGGGCUUCUAUAAGGCCAGAAUGAUGGAACUCGACCUUCCUCGUGGCCAGGACUGAGCGUACAGAACAAAUACAUAAAAAGUUCUAAGUUCUAACCACGAACCCUAAAACCCCAACGAAGGGCUGUUUUGGCGCGAAAAUGCAUGCGGUCAAUAUGCGGUGUCAAGUACCAUUAACCAAGGGCAAAUUGUGUGUAAAUAAAUAGCACCUAUCCCGU